AUGAUGAGUUACUACAUGGACACAACCAUCGGCAGUGCAGCCCCUUAUCCUUUGGCUCGGCCUGGAGUGAUGAAGGCGGGAGCCGCCGGUGCCUGCGAGGAUCCCUGGGUGAGCUGUGGCUUCCAGGCCUCCUGCUGCCCACCCCGGCCCUGCUGCCCGCUGUGGGACGAGCCCAGCACGCAGGAGGUGCCCACGGGGCUGGAGCACUACGGCACAGACAUGGAAUGUGCCGAUGUGCCUUUAUUAACUCCCAGCAGCAAGGAAAUGAUGUCCCAGGCAUUGAAAGCCACGUUCAGCGGCUUCGCCAAGGAGCAGCAGCGGCUGGGAAUUCCCAAAGAUCCCCAGCAGUGGACGGAGACGCACGUGCGGGACUGGGUGAUGUGGGCGGUCAACGAGUUCAGCCUCAAGGAGGUGGAUUUCCAGAAGUUCUGCAUGAAUGGAGCUGCCCUCUGUGCCCUGGGCAAGGAGUGCUUCCUGGAGCUGGCGCCUGACUUUGUGGGAGACAUCCUUUGGGAACAUCUGGAGAUCCUGCAGAAAGAAGAGGUGAAACCAUACCCAGCAAACGGAGCGAACACGACGUAUCCCGAAUCCCGCUACACCUCCGACUACUUCGUUAGUUAUGGCAUUGAACACGCCCAGUGUGUGCCUCCCUCGGAGUUCUCGGAGCCCAGCUUCAUCACAGAGUCCUACCAGACCCUGCACCCCAUCAGCUCCGAGGAGCUGCUGUCCCUCAAGUACGAGAGCGACUAUCCCUCGGUCAUCCUGCGGGACCCGCUGCCCGCGGACCCCCUGCAGACAGACUACUUCAGCAUCAAGCAGGAGGUGGUCACACCAGACAACAUGUGCAUGGGACGUGCCAGCAGAGGCAAACUGGGAGGCCAGGACUCCUUCGAGAGCAUCGAGAGCUACGACAGCUGUGACCGGCUGACGCAGUCCUGGAGCAGCCAGUCCUCCUUCCAGAGCCUGCAGCGCGUCCCGUCCUACGACAGCUUCGACUCCGAGGACUAUCCCGCCACCCUGCCCAGCCACAAGCCCAAGGGCACCUUCAAGGACUAUGUUCGGGAUCGGGCCGACAUGAACAAGGACAAGCCCGUCAUUCCUGCUGCUGCCCUGGCUGGAUACACAGGCAGUGGACCCAUCCAACUGUGGCAAUUCCUGCUGGAACUGCUCACUGACAAGUCCUGUCAGUCCUUCAUCAGCUGGACGGGCGAUGGCUGGGAAUUCAAACUCUCCGACCCAGACGAGGUGGCCAGGAGAUGGGGCAAGAGGAAAAACAAGCCCAAGAUGAACUACGAGAAGCUGAGCCGGGGGCUGCGUUAUUACUACGACAAGAACAUCAUCCACAAGACGGCGGGGAAGCGCUACGUGUACCGCUUCGUGUGCGACCUGCAGAGCCUGCUGGGCUACACCCCCGAGGAGCUGCACGCCAUGCUGGACGUCAAACCCGAUGCUGACGAGUGAAGAGGACCCAGGGCCACCCCCUGUCCUCCUGGAGAGCCUUUGGGACUGUGUUGGUGCAUUUUUUCCCCGCAUUUUUUGCUGUUCCUUUUGCCGUUCGUUACGUUGUGUUUUUUUCGGGAGCGACUCGGAUUUGAUGCUUUGAGGGGGUCAGGUGGAGGAAGAGGCAAACUUUUGGCCAAAGUUUGGUUCAGAGUUAGGAUGGGCUUUGUGGUUGUUUCCUGCAAGCUCCAAGACAGGCUUUUUUGGGGGCAAAAUUCUCUCCGUUCGUUACAUUGUUUUUUUUUUUCAAGAGCGACUCAGAUUUGAUGCUUUGAGGGUGUUGGGGGAGAGGGUGGAGGAAGAGCCAAAUUUUGGCCAUUUUGGUUCAGAGAAGGAUGGGCUUUAUGGUUGUUUCCUGCAAGCUCCAAGACAGGCUGUUUUGGGGUGAAAUUCUGAGUUUAAGAAAGCCAGAAAAAUGUAGCUCAUUUAAAAAAACCAACAACCCCCUCCCCACCCUUUGCUGUUUAGAAAAAAUAUGAUGAAAUGGAUCCCUGUGGUUGUUCACCCAAACUGACAGUUCAAGAAAUGACAAUAUUCCCGAGGAUUUCGGGAUUUUCAACUUUUUUUGGGGGGGUUGGGGAGGGGAAAAACCAACUGGGUGAAUAUUCCUGCUUCGGGGAGGGGCAAUAUAGGAAAAACACAAGAAUUGUUGUUCUUGUUCCAUCACUUUUCUGUCCAUUGUCUUCUUUUCUACAAGAGACAGAUUUUUUUUUUUUCCUAGGAGGGAUCAAGACUAUUUUUUAUUUUUUAUUUUUUAACUUGUUAAAGUUUUAUUUUAUUAAAUUUUGUGCCAGUAUUUGGUUGUUUUUUUUAUUUUUUUUUAAAUAGUCUUAAGCUCUAAGAUGGUCUCAGUAUUGCAAUAUUGUGUGUGUUUGUUUCUGUUAUGCCAGCAGAGAAUUUUAUCACAGUGAGGAAAAGGAGAAAAAAAAAUAGAAUUUAGUUUAUGUAGACCCCACUGGAGAAUUGGAACGUUGCAACUUGGAUGUGAAGGAAAAUUAACUCCAAACUGGCUCCUGGUGAUGCUGGCUGGGUGUGCCACCCUCAUUUCCAGUCCCACACUCUGUGCUGAUAAAGCUGGUUGAAAUAUCUCCUUUUGUGGUUGGUUUUUUUUUUUUUUUUUUUUUCCUGGCUGCACAAAGCCUCUCAAGAUUUCUAUGGAAAAUGUCUUUUUUUUGUGUUUUCCAAAUAAUUUCUUUGCUCAAGGAUCACUUUGGUGCUUACAGAAAAUUAGGCUUGUUUGGUUUUUUAUUCCAACAGGGAGAAAUUCCCGUGUUUUCCAGGUGACAGAUGGAAAACACAGCAGUGAACUGAGGGGAAAAAUCAGGAAAAAGUUAAAAACCCAAAGGGAAAUGUUUUUUCUUUCCUUUUGUGACCAGCUCUGUCUUUAGUGCUGUGUGUGUUGACCUGCCUGGGCACAGGAGGGGGAAAAUUAUCCCUGCAAAUAGGCUUUUUAUGGCUUUUUGGAGCCCAACCCUAGCAAGUGUGAGGGACAGGAGGCAAACCUGGGGCAAACACGAGGUCUUGUGCUCAGGGGAGAUGGUUUUGGGAUCAAUCCCGGUGGGAGCUGCUCGUGGGAUCAAUCCUAGUGGGAGCUGCUCCCUCUGCCCUCCAAACCUUUGCUGCAGCUGGUUUUUGUUUGGAGGGGUCAAUCCUGCUGUGCCAAGCACUUCUGGGAUGCUCUGGGAUGCCUUAGAGGAUCAGUGAGUGUUCCCAUAUCCAAGUCCAACCUCAAAGCUGGAUCCAUGAGGAUCUGGCUGCCCACUGGAGUCUUUCCCCCCCCAGGCCUUUGCAUUCCAAGCCAGUGUUACGUGUUUGAACCAAAAGUACCUUCUUUUCAUGUUGUUUUGUCAGUCUGUGUGUUUUAGGGCAUGGAGGUCAUUCCAGGGGCACUGUGGGACACCAGUGGGGUCAGAGGCUUUCCAGGGAUGGGGGUGGGCAAUGCCUGCCUGGUCCCAAAGGAUCAGCUUGGAAGGACAGGACACUGAGUGUAAAGAGCCAAAAUAUUCAGGCACUUCCCCCCUGAGCAGGGGCAGGGCUGGAGGGGGAGCCCAAUCCCAAGGUGAUGCUCAGAGGUCCUGGACCCUCAUCCAUUUCCUCUGGAGCACCUUGGGAUCCUAAAAUUGGUCAUUUUAGGGCAGGUCAGCCCCAAAAUUGCUGCUGCUUGAAAAGAAAAUGCUGGUGGAGGGGAUGGGAGUGGCCAAGAGGGAGCUCCAGCCCAGGGGGGGUUGGGCAGGGAGGUUGUUACACCGUUGGCUCAUGGCUGGGGGUUGUCCCCCUGAGCCCACGGGAGGAAAAGGUGGGAUGGAUGGAAAGGAGGGAAGAGGGGAUGGCUGGAGGGUGAAGGGAACACGCCCCAAAGGAGGAAAGGGAUGCUGCCCACUGGGAAGUCAAGCCCUGGCUCAUCUUUUGGGCACACAGGGAGGGUGGGGAAAGCAGAGGAGAGGAAAAUUGGGAUGUCGUGGCUGAGUCCCCUCCAUCAGUGAGGCACCAGGGCAGAGCUCCACUGUGUCCUCUGAGCAGCUGGAAAGGGACAUGGGAGAUGGGAGCACACAGAGGGCACAGGGGAGCAGCUGGUACAGGGCAUCCCAGCAGGACACUCCGUGUGGGUUGGAUUUCCAGCAGUUGGAGGGGUUUGGGGGAUGUUCAGGGUCCUGUCUUGCUGCAAAUCCCCAGCAUGGGUCACUUAGAACCCCCUUACACCCACAGAAGGGUGCCGGGCACUCCAGCUCCUGCCCUGGCACCGUGCCCUGUCCCAGGACAUCCCUCCUGCUUUGCUGGGUUGCUCCACUGCAGCUGAAGUGCCUUUUGCAAGCAAAAAACUGGGAUAAAAUUUCCCUCCAGUAGAAGGAAGUGCAGGUUCAGGUACAACCCCAUUGUCCUGCCAGUCUAAAUCCCACUUCCACCCCUCCAUGCUUAUUAUUCCAGGUUUCCAAGCUGUGUUCCCAGUGACUUUGGGGAGUUGGUUUAGAGGUUGGAAAGGGUGAGCCAUGGGAGCAGCUCUGGUUUUCGGAAGCAGCCCCUGGCUGGAGUUUCUCCAUCGUUUCUCCAAGCCAUCCCAUGCCAGGGACACCAGGGCCAUCAUUUUCUCUUUUCCUUUCCUUUUCAUUCCCCCUCCAGGGACCAUCCCCGAGAUGUUUGCUGUUUAUACACUGGAAAUUUGCAGAUUUGUCUUUGUUUCUUUUGAUUUUGUUCCUUUUUCCUUCUCCUCCUGCCUUCCCUGCUGGCCUUUGGUGAGGGCUGUGCUGGACCAGCCUUGCUCAGCCCAGACCCUCUGACCUCCUGGCCUCCAGCUCCGUGGAAAUUUGGGAUCCCACCUGUGCUGGGAUAUCCAGAAGGCUGGAUUGGAGGGGGAUGAUGAGCUGGGACUCACCCCUGGGCUGGUUUCUCUGUGUGGGGGUGAAUUCCACCCCCAUGGCCAUUGGAAAUCGGGUGGGUUUGCCUUGUUUUGGGAUGUCUCAGGUGCUUUGGGGUUUUUUUGGGAAUAUUUUCUGUGUCCUGCUCAUUUUCUACUCUUCUCCAUGUGGUUGAUGUCCCUUGGUCCCUCUGGCAGAGCCUGAGCCCUUCUUUACAAACAGCUCUCGGGGGCCUCAAUAGUCGAUAUUUGGGACCAAAAAAGAGGGGAAAAAAACCCAAUAAUGAUAAAAAACACAAGCACUUUUCUGCUGCCCAUCUCUCUCCAUCCCCAUGUAUGGGACCACCAUAAUCCUUGGACAUUCCUGUGUGUCCAGGUGUAAAUCCAUGUUAUUCCCACACAUCCUCAUCCAGUCGUGAUCGUUCAGGUGGAGAAAGAACCAAAAAAGAAAAGACAAAAUGAGAUUUAACCUCCUCACGUUUUCCAAACCAACUCCUCCUCCAAAAAAAGGGUCCCAGAAAUCCCCAGGAAAUCCAGGAAUCACCUCCAUCUUAUGCUUUUUGCUCUUUUUGGAGGGGCUUUCUCCCAGAUUUUAGGGCUUGAUUGCUUAUUCCAUUGGAAAAUUGGGAUGCCUUGGCGUGCUCUGCUCUCUGGUAGGGUCUAUAUGAUACCCCUGAGCUGUUGUCUACAUUCCAAAGAGGUUUAAAUAAAUGAUAAAUCUAUGUAUACAUAUAUGUUAUAAUGGAAUAUCUCCAGGAAUUAACUGCCUCAGUAAAAAAAAAAAAAAAAAAGAAAAAAAAAAGGAAAAAAAGGAAAAAAAAGUCUUUUUUUUGGUUUUAUUUUGUUUUUACGCAUUUUUUUUAAGCUGAUAAACAGAGAAGAAGAAGAAGAAGAAAAAAAAAGAGAUUGUUAUAUUGUGCUGUUCGACUAUUUUCCAACUUGUAUUUUCAUAUAAUUUAUAUUUUUUAAAAGUGGGGCGGGGAAAAAAAAAAGAAGUUUAAAAGUGAGAUUUAACAAAAAAAAAAAAAAAAAAAAAAAGGAAAAAGCAGGUGCUUUUUAAAAAAAAACCCCUGAGCUGAGGUAGCUUAGAGAUGUAGCGACGUGUGUGUGUGUGUCUGUGUGGUGUGGUUUGGUCUGUUUUGGUCUUUUGUUUUUAAAGGAUACAAAAUGAAAAAGAAAUCCCUCCUGCAUUGAACUGUUAAGGAAGGGGGGAUUGGUUCUGUUUGAAUUGCUGAUGCUGGCACAUCAUUUUGCUGGAGAGUUUUUUAUAUACUGUAGCCUUAUUUCAUAUCGUAUUUUAAACCAUGUGAAAUUAAAAGAAGAAUAAUUCCUAA